AUGAGGAAGAUUAAUGUUGAGGCUAUGAACCAAACGGUGGAGAAAUCAUUCUCUCCUAAUGGAGGUAAACAACAAUGUGGAAGUUCAGCAGAUUCGUGCUCAGUUGAUAUCGUCGAGGAAUUGAUUUCGCCGUCGAAAAUCGGGACAUCGAAUCGAAAUGAUCAUGAAAUCACUGAAGACGCGGAGUUCUUGAUGGUUGAUUGUGAAGGCGUUGCGGAAAAAAACGGUGAUAGUGGAGUUAAUUUGGGAGAGAAGUUGGUUUCUGAUGAGAAGGUUGAUCACUGGUAUCAUCAUUGCGAUUUCAGCGGCGAGAGUCCCGCUGGAAAUGUAAGUAAACCAGAGAUUGAUGAUCUGAGUGGAUUUCAAUUAAGAGAAAUUGCUGUCAAAUGUGGGAUUUCAUCACCUUCAUCGUCGUCUCCGGAUCACAUUAAUAUUUCUUCUGAAUCAGAAAAGGAAGAGAAACAUAUUAAGAGAAGUGUUUAUGGAAAAGAUAUUGAUUUUGAAUUGGGAACAGAAUCGUCUGAAGAGGAUGAUGAUGAUACUAGCGAUGAAGAUUUCUGUCCCAAUAAAUCAUCCAAAUCUUUCCGUUCAAACAAGUUGCGUGCUGAUGAGGUUUCUAUGAGCUUUGACAGGAAGAUGGAGAUAGUGAAUUUAGAGGAGGAUGAAGAUGAUGAGGAUGGGAGAAGUGAAAGUGAGAAUUCAGAAUCAGCUGAGGAAGAAGAUGAAGAUGAAGAUAGUUACAGCGAGGAAGAUUUUCGUCCCAAAGUAACAUCCAACUAUUUCGGUUCAAACAAAUUGGGUACAAAAGAAGUGCAUGUAAGCAUCAAAAGAAAGAGGGUACUGAAGGAGAAUAAGAAAAAUACCAUGCCCAUAAGAGUUGAAUCAUCUGAUGAAGAGGAUGAUGUUAUUUCUAUCGAUGAAGGUUUUCAGCCCACUAGAUCAUCAAACUAUUUCUGUUCAAACAAUUUGGAUACAGAAGAUGUGCAUGUAAAUACCAAAGGAAAAAUGGUUGAUGAGAAUGAGAAAGAGGAAAGUAUCAAGCCCAUAGAAGUUGAAUCAACUGAUGAAGAGGAUGAUCACAAAUCCAGGUAUGAAGAUUUUCACCCCAACAAUUUGGAUACAAAAGAGAUGCAUGUAAGCAUCAAAGGAAAGAAAGCCAAAGAGAAGGUGGAGAAGAACAAGAAUGAGAAAAGAACCAUGCCCAUAAAAGUUGAUCGAAAGAAUGACAAGGAAAAAGCCAAAGUUGGUAGGAAGAAAAAGGUCCCAGGAUUGAACAUUUCUGUACCUUAUGAGAAAAAAGAUGGUAGACAACAGUCUAACAAAAUGGCUGAACGACUUCGUUCAUCGCAGCCAAAGAGAAGAAAAAUCAAUGAGCCUAAAACCUGUGUUGUCAAUCUAACUGGUGAUGAACAGGAAAAUGUCCCUGCUCCCGCAGCUCAUGGUUGGGAGAAUGAACAAGAAAAUGUGGCUGCUUCCGCAGCUCAUGGUUGGGAGAAUGAACAAGAAAAUGUGGCUGCUUCCGCAGCUCAUGGUUGGGAGAAUGAACAGGAAAAUGUGGCUGCUUCCGCAGCUCAUGGUUGGGAGAAUGAACAGGAAAAUGGCCCUGCUUCCGCAGAUCAUGGUUGGGAAAAUGAUACCGAGAAAACUAACCCUCAAGAAGAAGAAAAUGACCCUGAAGAAGAAAACAUAACAAUAAAGACUACACCAGAUGCCAUUAAUGACUUCAAAGAGGAUGAGCAAAAUGUUUCUUCUUCAAAUAUCAAUAAAGAAGAUAUCUGGAAAGGAAUGCACCAAAUGCCAUUAAAGAAAAGACAUAUGGCUAUUGAGAAACCAACAGCAGCUAAGAUUCUAGUUGAUUCUCUAUGGGACCAAAUAGAUGUCCCUUUCUCUCCUUUCUAUGAACAAGAUGAAGAAGAAAUUUUCGAAAUACCCAAGAAUUUCGGGUUAGAGGAAUACGAUGCAAAACCAGCUGAAGAGAAAUCAUAUUGGGACAUCGAAGGAGAGAAGCUAUUUGAAGAGAUGACUUUUGCAAUGGCAACAGAAGGAAUUGGGUGGACUCAUUCAAAAAAUACUGUCGGUAUUGAUCAAACUUCAGCAGGGAAAACUGUUGUUAGUAUGCUACGAAACUGCGGUCAUGGCAAUCAUCUACUCAUUCUUGAUGAACAAAUUGGAGUCCGAUGUAAAAGAUGCUCGUAUGUGGAAGUGGAGAUCAGAUACAUGUCACCAACUUUUGCUAGCAAUCCAUGGAAAAGAACUAACAAGAAAGAGUUCAGGGAAGAGAGAAAUAACAUUGGCAUACACCAACUCAAUAUGAAUUUUGAGAAUGGAGGAUCUCAUUUAAAGGAGGAUAUAAUUGACACUGCAGGCACGGUUUGGGGUUUAAUUCCUGGUCUGAGACAAACCAUGUAUGCGCAUCAAAGAGACGGGUUUGAGUUUAUAUGGAAGAACGUAGAAGGAAGCAUACUUCUAGAGGAUUUGAAGAAAGACACUUCAAAUGGUGGUGGAAACGGAUGCAUAAUCUCACAUGCACCUGGAACUGGUAAAACUCGACUCACCAUCAUGUUCAUAAAGUCUUAUUUGGAGUUAUACCCGACUAGAAAAGUUGUCAUACUUGCUCCUCUGAAUAUGCUCCUUACAUGGGAGGAUGAGUUCAAGAAAUGGAAAGUUAACAUUCCAUUCCAUAACAUGAAUAGGAAGGAUUUUUCAGGUCAAGAAAUGAACUCAGCUGUUAAUCUAGUGAAGCAAUAUCGUGAACAAGACAAAACCUCCAACCGUUUGGUUAAACUUUUAUCAUGGAAAAAAGAAAAGGGUGUUCUUGGAAUGAGCUAUGGUUUAUUUGAAACUCUAGCAGGUGAUCACGGUGGAAAGAAGAAGCAAGCCAGUAAAAACCAAAUAGAUAUUUCAAGGGUUGUGACUAUGCUUCGAGAACUUCCUGAUCUUUUAGUUCUCGACGAAGGUCAUACACCAAGAAACGAGAACAGCCUAAUCUGGAAGGCACUUUCAAAAGUAGAGACUCAGAAACGAAUCAUCCUGUCUGGAACUCCUUUUCAGAACAACUUCCGUGAGUUAUACAAUACUCUGCGUUUGGUAGUGCCUAAGUUCGCUGACAAGCUUAUCCUCACAAAGGAAAAUGACAUAUCCGGAAAGCAGAAACGUGAUAAAAGAGAAACCAACGUAGCAUUAAACAAAUGGGUAUCAUUGACAAAAGGCAUAGCUGAAAAUGAUGAUGAUAGGAUCAAAGAGUUAAAGGAUAUAAUUUACCGGAUGGCACAUGUUUACAAAGGUGACAUACUUAAGGAAAGCCUUCCAGGUCUAAGAGACUUAUUAGUUGUCUUAAAGCCAACGGAUUUACAAACAGAGAUUCUUAAUUUCGUCUCCAAAAUGAAGCUUGGCGUCCUAGAACGUGAACAUUGCUCCUCAUUAACAGCAGUUCACCCAUCAUUGCUGAUCCACUCUCAAUUAUCGGGAAAAGAAGAGCUUUCAAUUUACAUGCCACAGCUAGAAGCUAUUAAGUUAAAUCCUGAAUUCGGUGUUAAGACAACAUUCGUAAUUGACCUCAUCCGACUCAGCCAGAGCUUAAAUGAGAAAGUCCUCAUCUUCAGCCAAUUCAUCACCCCUCUAACACUCAUUAAAGACCAACUAAAUUCCCUUUUUGGUUGGUCUGAAGGCAAUGAUAUGUUGUACAUGGAUGGAGCAAAAGACACAAAACUUCGUCAAUUAUCCAUAACUUCAUUCAACAAUCCAGAUAGCACGGUUAAAGUAAUGCUAGCCUCAACCAAGGCUUGUUCUGAGGGUAUUAGUUUGGUGGGUGCUUCAAGAGUUGUAUUGUUGGAUGUUGUUUGGAAUCCUUCUGUUGAAAGACAGGCCAUCAGCCGGGCAUAUAGAAUUGGACAGAAGAAACUCGUCUACACUUAUCAUCUGGUUGCUGGUGAAGCUGAGAACACUAAGUAUAGUCGUCAAAUUCAGAAAGAUCGAUUAUCGAAAUUAGUGUUUUCUUCAGCAAAUGAUAAUAAUGCUGAUAUUAGCGAGAAGGUUUUGAUGGGUACAGUUGUGGAAGACAAGAUCUUGCAGGAGAUGAUUCAACAUGAGAAAACAUGUAAUAUGUUUGUGGAAAUCAUUGACCAAGAGAAGGAAUCCAGUUUGAUUGAUGCUCAUGAAGUUUUCGUUUGUGCCACAAAUGAUUAAUUCCUCACAGGUAUGUGUUCCUGUCUAAUUCUUCCAGGUUUAUUUAUUAGCCCUUCUAAUUAUGUUAACAGUUUAUUGAACUUUUCUAUCAU